ACUUCCUCCUCUUCACGCUGUUCAUAUGCUAUUUCUCUGCAUUAAAUCGACUCUGUCACGCAGAUUUCAACAACAUUUAAAGCAGUAUGAACAUAGAGCAGCCCACUGAAACCCACUGUAGUGCGAACAGUUGUUCAGUUUCAACACCGGAGGCGAACGACUUGAAGAAAGGAGCACUGAAAAGAACUCCAUUCUCAAAGUUUAAGAAAGUACACUCCAACUUCAAAUCGCCUAUUCAAGCAACAAGUGCUAAAGUUAGUCCUGCAGAGGAGGUGGCAGAGCUAGAGAGGAGAAGAGAGCAGCUGGACACAGAGAUAGCACAGCUGGAGGCUGAGGGAUACAGAGUAGAGGAGCUGGAGCAUCAUAUUGAUAUGCUGCAUGAAUACAAUGACAUUAAAGACAUUGGACAAUCACUCCUGGGCCGUAUUGCUGCUGUGAGGGGGACCACCACACGAGAUCUCUACAGCCACUUCGGUCUUGAACUAGAUGACUGAGAAAGAAAACAUAAUGAAA